UCAGAAAGCUUCGCAAGGGCUCGCAGAGCUUUUGACUCAGUAACCGAUGAGCACACUCUCUCUCUCUCGCUCGCGCUUUCGCAGCAAUUCCCGACUGUGGGAAUCAAGGCGAAACUAAAACAUGUCUUGAGGACUUGUGACUCCGCACCUGUGCGUCUUUCGCCUCUCACGCGCCUCGGACACAGGAGGGAGAGGAACGAGGAGCCCGCCGAGGGAGGGGAUGUCGCGAUGCUGUGCACCAGGAGGACUAAAACUUUGGUGUCGACAUGCGUGAUUGUGAGCGGCGUGACCAACAUCGCGUGUCUCCUCUACGUCGGCUGGAUCACCAAGUUCCUGGCGAGCAGCGACCCUAAAGUUGCGGAGGCGGGCGUCGAGGCGCGCAGAAAGUUGGGGGAGGACAGCGGAGGGGAGACCCUGAGGAUCGUGGAGAGGCUGGACGAGCUGGAGAGGGUCGUCAACGAGCACAUCAAAGAUAAACCCCAGAAGGAAGACGCUUCAUCCUCAUCGGCCUCAGACCCCACCACCUCACUCUUUGAUCACUGGGGUCAUGACUUGGGCCCAGAAAGUCGAAGGGUUGCCAUCAAAAAGUUCCGCUAUUAUGGUUACAACAGCUACCUUAGUGACCGGAUCUCCAUCACACGGCCAAUCCCGGAUUUUCGGCCGGACGGAUGUAAAAACAUGUGGUAUUCAUCUGACCUUCCUCAGUUGAGUAUCAUUUUCAUCUUUGUCAAUGAGGCCUUGUCAGUGUUGCUGCGCUCCGUGCACACAGCCAUUCAGAGGACUCCAUCCCAUUUACUCAAGGAGAUUGUACUAGUGGACGACCACAGCACCAACUUGGAACUAAAAGAGCACCUUCAGAGUUUUGUAGAUGAGAUGAACGGUCAGCAUGGACCUGAGUUCAUCAAAGUGGUCCAUCAUGACAAACAGGAAGGACUGAUCAGGUCCAGAGUCAGUGGAUGGAGGGUUGCUUCAGCACCUGUGGUCGCUCUAUUUGAUGCACAUGUGGAAUUCAACACUGGGUGGUCAGAGCCAGUUCUUCAGCGAAUAAAAGAGGACCGUACUCGGGUGGUGUCUCCAUCUUUUGACAAUAUCAAAUAUGACACAUUUGAGAUGGAAGAGUACCCGUUGUCUGCUCAGGGAUUCGACUGGGAGCUUUGGUGUCGAUACCUCAACCCACCCAAGUCUUGGUGGACGCUGCGCAACCACACAGCUCCUAUCAGGAGUCCCGCUCUUAUUGGAUGCUUUGUGGUCGACAGGAAGUUCUUUGAGGAAAUUGGCCUACUCGACGAGGGGAUGGAAAUUUACGGAGGGGAAAAUGUGGAGCUUGGCAUCAGGGUAUGGCAGUGUGGUGGCAGCGUGGAGGUGCUUCCCUGCUCCAGGAUUGCUCACAUCGAGAGAGCCCAUAAGCCUUACACAGAAAACCUGACAGCCCUCGUACGUCGAAAUGCUUUAAGAGUGGCCGAGGUCUGGAUGGACAACUAUAAGAGUCAUGUCUACAUGGCCUGGAACGUUCCAUUUCAGAACUCAGGAAUAGAUAUUGGUGACAUUUCUGAGAGAAGAGCUCUACGAUCCAAACUCAAGUGUCAACCAUUCAGCUGGUUCCUUGCCAAUAUCUACCCCGAGCUCCGAUCCUACAGCAACACAGUUGCUUAUGGAGUGUUGAAGAAUAGUCUCAGAAAUGACCUGUGUUUGGACCAAGGACCCAACACUGACAACAUUCCCAUCAUGUAUUUCUGUCAUGGCAUGACAGCACAGAAUGUAUACUACACCAGUUCCCAGCAACUUCACCUGGGAGUGCUAAGUCCAACCAUUGAUGAUGAUGACAACAAGUGUCUGGUGGAUGUGAACAGCAAACCCAGAUUGCUGGAAUGCACCUAUGCAGCCACCAAGCACAUGAAGCUUACCUGGACUUUCACUCCGGAUGGUUCCAUACAGAACACAGAGUCUCAGCGUUGUUUGGAGAUGGUGGAAAGCAGUCAGCCAGAGUUUAGUUUCCAGCUGGCCAUUCAGGACUGCAGCGGACAAAAAUGGACCAUCACUAAUGUACUGACUGUCCUUCCCCAGUGAACACAUUUUUGGACACUUUUAUUCUAACGGAGAGGAAAAAAAGGCUACAAUGAAAUACAAAAAUGGAUGGCUAGAUGGAUGGACGGACAGCUACUCAGCUCUGGUUUACAUUGGAAUAACUCUCUUGUUGGUCUAAGUAGGAAAAUGUGUUCAAAAACAGCCCUUGUUCUGAGACAUACUGUAUUUUUAAUGAGAAGAAAGAACAUUCGUAAUCUGAAAGGGAACAAAUUCAUAAACCUAUGUAACACCUCUGGUUAUUGCAGGAAGUCUGCUUGAAACAAAAUUUAGGGCAUCAGACCACAGUUGGAGAGUGUGGUCUUCCACUAUCAUUCGUGUACAGUAACUACAACCCCAAUUCCAAUGAAGUUGGGAUGUUGUGUGAAACAUAAAUAAAAAAAUAAUACAGUGAUUUGCAAAUCAUGUUCAACCUAUAUUUAAUUGAAUCAUUAACUUAUAAUUUUAUGGCUGCAACACGUUCCAAAAAAGCUGGGACAGGUGGCAAAAAAGAAUUUGAGGAAUGCUCAUCAAACACCUGUUUGUAACAUCCCACAGGUGAACAGGCUAAUUGGAAACAGGUGGGGGCCAUGCUUGGGUAUUAAAGGAGCUUCCCUGAAUUGCUCAGUCAUUCACAAGCAAAGAUGGGGCGAGGUUCACCUCUUUGUGAACAAGUGCGUGACGAAAAUGGUCGAACAGUUUAAGGACAAUGUUCCUCAAUGUACAAUUGCAAGAAAUUUAGGGAUUUCAUCAUCUAUGAUCCAUAAUAUCAUCAAAAGGUUCAGAGAAUCCGGAGAAAUUCACUGCAUGUAAGCGGCAAGGCCGAAAACCAAGAUUGAAUGCCAGCAUCUGUGAUGGUAUGGGGCUGUGUUAGUGCCAAUGGCAUGGGUAACUUACAAAUCUGUGAAGGCACCAUUAAUGCUGAAAGGUACAUACAGGUUUUGGAGAAACAUAUGCUGCCAUCCAAGCAACGUCUUUUUCAUGGACGCCCCUGCUUAUUUCAGCAAGACAAUGCCAAAGCACAUUCUGCACGCGUGGCUUCGUAGUAAAAAGGUGUGGGUGCUAGACUGGCCUGCCAGCAGUCCACACUUGUCUCUCAUUGAAAAUGUGUGGCACAUUAUAAAGUGUAAAAUACGACAACGGAGACCCCGGACUGUUGAACAGCUGAAUCUGUACAUCAAGCAAGAAUGGGAAAGAAUUCCACCUACAAAGCUUCAACAAUUAGUGUCCUCAGUUCCCAAACCUUUAUUGAAUGUUGUUAAAAGAAAAGGUGAUGUAACGCAGUGGUAAACAUGACCCUGUCCCAGCUUUUUUGGAACGUGUUGCUGCCAUAAAAUUCUAAGUUAAUGAUUAUUUGCUAAAAACAAUAAAGUUGAUCAGUUUGAACAUUACAUUUUAUUGUCUUUGUAGUGCAUUCAAUUAAAUAUAAGUUGAACAUGAUUUGCAAAUCAUUGUAUUCUGUUUUUAUUUAUGUUUAACACAACAUCCCAACUUCAUUGGAAUUGGUGUUGUAUAUAAAAUUUCAAUAGGGAUCAUUCCAAUAUGUUUGUGGGCAGAGGGCAACCUAUUCUCAUGAGCAAUUUGUAUGAUAUCCAUUUGAAAGUUGAGUGCUAUAUUUUGCCCAUGGUAUUCACAAGUCUAUGCCCUGGUACUAACCCCAGAAGCAAUACACUCCAAAACAAAGUUGCAAACUGAAAUGGAUCUAUUGAUGACACGACAUUGGUUGUAACAAAAAAUACUUGGUAUUAGCAUAUUGUACCAGGUUUCAAAAUGUAAUGGCAAAAAAAAAAGUACAGAUAAUAUCAUUCAGAUUCUCGAGUGAGGAAUAAAUUCAGUCAGAGUCAGACCUCUCUCUGUGAUUUUAAGUCCACUUAAACCAGGACAUGGAGCUACAUAGCAUUGUUUUGACUGUAAAGAUUUACUCAGAAUCAUAAGUAAUUUUGUCUCCAGUAUUUGAAGUCACUUAUCACUUUUGCAAAAAAAAAAAAAUUAAAAAAAAAUUUAAAAAUAGACAUUGUAACAAAAUAAACAUUUAGGAUGUACGCAAAUGUACAAACUACAGAUAGUCAAUGACAAUAUAAAGUGUGCAGUAGUACAGUAAUACUUGUUUUAAUUGAGUUGUAUAAAUGAUGCAGAGUGACAGAGCUAUAACGAUGAAUACAGUAAUAAUGGCCCGACAGAGAUGUGCAACUUGGCAAAAGUGCAUUGCAGACAUCACAUGACCAAACCCAGAAAAAAUGGUUUGGGAACUCCUUCCUUAUUAUGCUCUGAUAACAAACAGAACUCUGGGUUGAUGAAUGAUUUAGCAAGUUUGGGUUCAAACCAUCUCAUCAUCAACCCUUAGUUAUGCUAGGGGUUGCAAAAAAGCACAACAAAAAGCCCAAACAUUUUGGGCGCCUCUUAACAACGCUUGCGCGGGAAAAUGUAUAGGGAGAUUUUUGAAGACCUCCAAACCCUUUUAAAAAUGUUAAUUGUAAUUUUUUUGUUCCUAAUUACUCCUGCGACAAUCUUCAAACAAAAACAUAAUGAACUUGUUCAGUGUGACUGUCAUGUAUUAUAUUCUUGUCAUAUUUAACCCAGUUAGUUACAGGUACUAUUAAAAUUUUGUUUAAAAAAAAAAAAAAAAACAUUUGUACCCUGACUGGAACUGGAACUUUUUCUCAGCUACUGUGUUAGCAUCCGUUAUCAAACCUGUUCCAACUUUUGUGGCUCAGGCUUUAGAUCCUGGACUUUUCAUAGUUUCUCCAUUUUUAGGAGGUUGCUAAUAUUCAAAGUUGUGAAAAUGUCCAAGAUAUUUUAUUAGUCUAUCAAAAUUAGAUAUCAGAGCUGGAAAUAAAACUGCAAUAUAUCAA